AUCAUGUGUAAAUGAAUAGACAUUUUGAUCUUUACAUUUGAUCACCUUUCUCGUCUCACAUGUUAAUUAUCAACUAAAUCAUUCUAAUAACAAUAUCAUCUCAUAGUGAUUAAUAACGAUACCCAUAAUAAUAACUAAUAAAGAUUUAUAAUUCAAUACUUGGGAUGUGUUUGCUCCAAAUAAAACUCCAUGGUUGUAAAAUUACCACAACUUAGAAGUGAAGGACGACUCAUCUGACCUUCCUUCAGCUAUACAAAUUCCAAUCUCGAGUGAACUUUCGUCAUUCAAACAUUAGACAAAUUAGCAAAUAUCACCAUUUGAGACUUUUCAAAGCUAGAUGUCAAGUCUCUGCCAAGUUGCAGCUACAAAGAAGGCCCCAUUCUCUUCUCCAUCAAACUCAAUAAUAUCAGAAGAGCCUCUUAUUGAACGAUAAGCAUAAGAAGCUUGUGUGGUUCAAACCAUUUUGCAAAGCUUCAACACAUUUUCCCACUCAUCACUCACCAAUUCUAAGCUCAACCCAUUUCAAUGGAGUCCUCCUGGCUUAAAGGGUUGCUCACCAUUUCCACAGAAACCAUCAAAAUCAUCCCCAAAAUUCCAACCUUGAUCACCAGGGUCACCAUUCUCAUCCUCGUCUUCAACUCCUCGAUCUACUUCGUAUCCCUCGGCUUCCUCAGGCUACUGAUCAACUCCUUCCAAAGCCUGGCCAUCGACCCGACAAACAUCGACCGAAUCGGAAAGUCCUUGGCCUCCAUCAUCGUAUACGAGCUAAUCGUGGCGGUCAUCGUUUCACUAUCAUCCCUCUUCGUAGCAGCAUCUGCAAUUUUGGUUUCAGCCAUGGCACUCGGAGGAAAGCAGCCCACCACAACGGUUAAAGGCUUGUUUUUUAGGGUAAUAAGGGCUUGGAAAGGGCCUUUGGUCACUUGGGCUUACACGACCCUUUUCCUCUUGGGAUUCAUGUGUGUUCUGUUCCUGAUUGCUUACCCUUUCACCCUCGUGUUCUUGUCUAGUCCGCGAAUUUUGUCGAUCACAAUGAACAUGUUUGCGGUUUUGGGAUUGGUGCUGUACUCGUACUUGCUAGUGGGUUUGAGUUUGGGCAUGGUUGGAUCGGUUGUGGAGGGAGAGAUUUGUUGUGGGCUUGAAGUUAUAGGGAAGGCGGCCAGGAUUGGCAAAGGGAUGGAGCUACAUGGGUUUGUUGUGAAUCUGUUGUUUGGAUUGGUGGGUUGGGGUUUGUUGAAGAGCUUGGUUUGGGUUGGGUUCCGGUUGCCCGGGGUCGGGCAAAUGGCUUCUCCAGUCGGUUUGGCCGGUCUCGAGUGGCCGACCUCUGGCCAGAUCUUCCUUGGAUUGGUUGUGGUCAAUUUGUUUUGUUUGCUCAAGAUUCUGUGGUGGAUGACUUAUUGUGUUAUGUUCUAUGAGGGCAUGAAGAGGCAUGGUGAAGAGGUUGUUGAGUUGGUGGAGGAUUUGGAUUAUACUAAAGUGCCAAGUGUAAAUAUGGUUUAAUGCUAGUUAUUUCUUUGUUUGUGUGGUUAAUACAAGUUCAAGUGUUUUGAAGAUGUAAAUCUUGAGUUAUAGGUUUAUUGUUUACAAUCUCAUAAUUUUUUUUUUUUUUACUUUUUGAAGUAAGAGUUGCAUUCACUAAAUCUUAUUCUGAUACAACUUAAAGAACACUAAAAAGUGACAAUGAAUGAAGAGCAUGUGAAAAUUGAGUCACCUUCGCACGAAAUAGAGCAUCCAACAAACUCAUAAGUUAUUUUACGACAAAAAAUAGCAAACAUGUAUUGCUUUUUGUUGACACUAAGAUGCUUACGAUUUGGUAAGUAAAUGAGUUCUUACAAG